CUGAGCUGCUCUUCUCAUUUUCUUAUUAGAAAAAAAAAAGCAACUGAGAGGUGAUGGAAAGUGGAAACAAAUGAAUGGGGAUGGCGUAUGGGCGCCCUAAACGUAAAAGCAGGUUUUGAUAAGUAACUCCUCUUCUUACUUAUUUAGAAUAGAAGUUUAGAAUAGAACCAUUCUUCUUCUUCAUUUUUACUCCCAGGCCCUGGAAAAAAACGAAUCAAGGGUUUAAGAAGCCAUUCAAGAUCAGGAAUUAGAGAUCGGGGUUUUUCGUCUUCUCCUCCUCCUCCUUCACCUUACACCAGAAAACAUUUGGCAAUGCUAGGGAACAGAGCAGCAAUGGACAAAACCCUAGGUAUCUUCAGACAUUCCUUUAGUCUUCUCACCAGAAGAAAUUUCAGCGCUUCUGCUAUUCCUUCUUCGACUGGAGGAGGAGGAGAAGCAACAGUAUCAGCUUUGCAGAAACCAAAGAGGAAAAAGAAGAAGAAUUUAUUUGAAGUAGCUCAGUUUCUUCCUAACUGGGGAAUUGGAUAUCAAAUGGCUAAAACACAUUGGUCUGGCGUUUCCUAUCAAAUCACCAAGAUCAAUCUCUACAAGGAUGGUAAACAUGGCAAAGCUUGGGGAAUUGUUCACAAAGAAGGUCGGCCUGCUGCAGACGCUCCCAAGAAAAUAAGUGGUGUUCACAAGCGCGGAUGGAAAUACAUUCCUAACUCGAAAAUGAAAGAAGAAAACAUAGUAAAAUCAGCAGCAGAAGUUCAAACAGCUUGAUUCGUUUUUUCAUUGAAAUGUGAUGGUUGUUUUCAACCAAAAUUAGCAGGCGUAGAUACUCCCCCGUUGAUGAGUAGGCAUCCAAAUUUCAAUUCCUUUAGGGUAUUGCAGCGACAUGUUGUUUCUUUAGUUUGAUGUCAAAAACAAAUAAUUCUGAAAAUAUCUGUGGUUCUUAUCUGCUGUAUUCAUGAGUAUCAAGUCAAGGGAUUCUAUCUUGUUUUAGAGGUCAGAAUCUUAAGAUGGCUAUGUUAAAUUACUGUUUUUGUCAUUCGUCGCCAUCUUUGCCAUCACACAGAAAACAGUGGAAUAAGAUGAUAAAGCAUAAUGUUGUUGAUGGAAA